CCCGCCCCUGCGAGGGGAGGACGAAGUCGCGGAAGACGCUCCCCUGCCGGCUGAGGAGGCUGUGGUGCCCGCGGCCGGCGACAUGGACAACGCGGGAAAGGAACGUGAGGCAGUACAGCUGAUGGCGGAGGCGGAGAAGCGCGUCAAGGCCUCCCACUCCUUCCUCCGAGGGUUGUUUGGAGGAAACACAAGAAUAGAAGAGGCUUGUGAAAUGUAUACCAGAGCUGCAAAUAUGUUCAAGAUGGCUAAAAAUUGGAGUGCUUCAGGAAAUGCAUUUUGUCAGGCAGCCAAGCUCCAUAUGCAGCUUCAGAGCAAACAUGAUUCCGCUACCAGCUUUGUGGAUGCUGGGAAUGCUUACAAAAAGGCAGACCCUCAAGAGGCUAUCAACUGCUUAAAUGCAGCCAUCGACAUUUACACAGACAUGGGAAGGUUUACAAUUGCAGCCAAGCACCAUAUUACCAUUGCUGAGAUUUAUGAAACUGAACUUGUAGACAUUGAGAAGGCUAUUGCACAUUAUGAACAAUCAGCUGAUUAUUACAAAGGAGAAGAAUCUAACAGUUCAGCUAACAAGUGUCUGUUGAAGGUGGCAGCGUAUGCUGCCCAGCUUGAGCAGUAUCAGAAAGCUAUCGAGAUCUAUGAGCAGGUUGGGACGAACACCAUGGAUAAUCCUCUCUUGAAGUACAGUGCAAAGGAUUACUUCUUUAAAGCAGCCCUCUGUCACUUCAUAGUUGAUGAGUUGAAUGCCAAGCUUGCUCUUGAGAAAUACGAGGAAAUGUUUCCAGCAUUUACUGAUUCAAGAGAAUGUAAAUUGUUGAAAAAACUUCUAGAAGCUCAUGAAGAACAGAACAGUGAAGCUUACACUGAAGCAGUGAAGGAAUUUGACUCAAUAUCUCGCUUGGAUCAGUGGCUUACUACCAUGUUGCUUCGUAUCAAAAAGUCCAUCCAAGGGGAUGGAGAGGGAGACGGAGACCUAAAGUGAGACAUUUAUAAGUCUUUGUAGCAUGCAGCUAAGUUUCAUCUUAGGGCUUUCCUCUUUAGUUUCAUCUUAGGUCAGGUGAUCUUUAUGGGAUUUCCAUUUAAUGGCUUAAUUUUGUUGCACAUGAGCCAAAUGAUGUGUGUAUUGUUUAAGCUUGCCAUGUUUGUGUCACUGUCAGGCGAUGAGUGAGAAGCUCCUGUGCAUAUUAUGGGUGUGAUGGGCUAUUUCAUGCUUGUCAGAGUCCCCAUAGUUUUCUGAGAACUACUUCAGAAUUUUGUUCCUGUUAAUUUGAUAUUUGUAGAGCUCAUGUUUAAUUUUACCAUAUAUAUUUAUGUCCUUUUUCUUGGACUUGAGUACCCAGCCCAAUUGUUCUCACCAACGCUUUGCAUAUUCUCUGUAAAUUUGCAUCUGGAUGUAUUCUCUAAAAGUAUGUGUUUAGUUUAGGGUGGUUGUUAGGAAUGAGUUUAUGACUUUUCUUAUUAGAAAUUUUUGUUGUUAUCUUGUGAUUCUUUUGAUGGUUUUAGUGACCAGCUUCUUUGCUUUUGAUAUUGUUCUGCAUGCUAACGUGAAUGCGAAAAUUAGAACAACCCGGGUCUGCCAGUAUCUCUUAUGUUGUGAGAAAAGGGAGCUUCCUGGCAGUGCUUACCUACUUGCCUAUGUGUAUGGACGAAUAUCAGCAUGGGUUUGACUGACUGCUUUUUGUACACACACACACACACACACACACACACAAUUUAUGAGAAAUAGAAUUUUUCCAUUUCCUGGUCAUAAUUUCCACUUUUAGUUGGGGUGAAAAUCCCUUUCUUUAUGUUCACAUAAAGGUGUUUUAACUGGCACAUCCUUUUUCUUUUUUUUUUCCCCCACAUUUAUACAGUCAUUUUAUUAUUUUUAUUUAUUUAUUUAUUUUUG